CAUAUAUAAAUCAGUAAUAAUGUAAAGCAUCGCAGUGGAACACAGUUCACAGUUUACACUUGCCAUUUUUAUAUAUGUGUACUUAUUGCCCAGCCCUUGUAGGAACUGUGAAAUGAAGCACAGCAUCGUUUUUUAAUAGGAAAGGGGGAAUUUUGCAUCUUAAAUCCAACAAAACACCUAUUUCCUUUCCUCAGACAUUACAGUCUGAGUUCUACCAUUUUCAUUUUUACAAGUUAGCCGAUUUAUUAUGUUGGUCUGCAGACAAACGGCUUAUAAAACAUGUCUCAACACUACAAAGGUGCUCUACAAAGUUGGGUUGUAAUACUUCAGAAUUGCUGUUACAUUCUUUGUUUUUCCAGAUCAAAGUCGGUCUCAUCAGGGCAUUGCGUACUCAUUUUCUCCCUUGUGUUUAAAUCAUUCUUUGAGGAAUACUUCGUCUCCUCUGCUGCAGUGCCACCGUGUGGAGGUUUGGAGUGUCACUUAAUGAAACUUUGUAUGUAUGAUGAGAGGGCAUGAUUGGCAAAUAACCUUUAGCAGUAUAUUUAUUACUGUCAAUUUUUAUGGUCUUUGUUUUACAGUUUGCAUGGCUUUAAUUUGCUUAAAUUUUUAUAUAUGCACAUACUUCGCCAUUGGGGUGAUAUUACUGGGUAAUUUACAACGAAUACAUUGUUUUUCCUGAAAAAUACACUACGUUACAGUUCAAAGAUGUAGCUGUUUUUUUUUCUUUUGUACAAGGAAGUUUUCUACACUAUGUGAACUCAUGUGAGUAUCUGUAUUUGCUGAGGUACAGAAGUGAAUCUUGACUUUUCUCCCAACAGUAACAAUACACCUUUUACAUUUAACACUACAUUUGAUGUCUGUCUUGUAUUCCUGUUCAGAAUGCACAAAUACAUCUUUUGUAAUUAAACAAAUGUGUUUGGAUUAUUUAUUUAUAUACACGUUUAUUGUAGUAGUCUGUUAAUUUUUGUCUGCAGGAUAUCUUUAGACCUAUUAUCAAUAUUUUAAAAAGAAAUGGUGUAUUUUCUACUCCAUAUACCGUACUUUUCCGUAGACUAGUUAAAAUCCGAAUAAAAAACCUUUAAAUUAGAUAAACUCGUCUUUAAAAGUUUGGCUAGGGCCCCAACCUGCCCCAAUAUCACUUCCUGCUACUGUGCCUGUACUGCUCUGUGGUUCGGACAAAACCGAGCCUUUCCGGAAACUGCCGAGCUGUGACGCUGAGCAGCAGCCGUAGCGACGCCAGUUGGGAGUUUAGACAAGCGGAUGGAGGAAAAUGGCGGACGAAGAUAUUACGCUUGAUGGGAAACCUCUACAAUCGCUGCGAGUGGCGGAUUUAAAAGCCGCUCUGGAGCAAAGAAACCUCCCGAAGAGCGGGCAGAAAAACACACUCCUCAAGCGACUGAAAGGGGCUCUGAUGCUGGAGAAUCUUCAGAAGUCGUCCUCCUCUCACAGUGGGCUGCAGCCCAACUCGCAGAUAGGUGAGGAGAUGAGCCAGAAUAGCUUCAUAAAACAGUACCUGGCCAAGCAGCAGGAGCUCCUUCGCCAGAGACUGGAGAGAGAGGCCCAACAAGAGGAGGAGGCAGAAGAAAGCCCAGCCGUGGUGGAGGAGGAUGAAGACCACUCGGAGGACAAUGACUGCUCUUCCUAUGUCUCUGACAAGAAGCAUCACACCGUACCCCCCAAGCCCUCAAUGACCAGGGCAGAGGAGAAAGGAGGAGGAGAUUCAGUGAUGGGUCACGGGAUGAUGGCGGUGGCAUGCGGCCCUGACGUUGGCCCCGGUCCUAUCCUCCACCCACAGGAGUCCAUCGAGGCUCCAGGAGUAAGGAUGCAGCGAGCCACCUUUCAUCAAGGACAUAAGGAGCCACCAGCACCAUCUCCCCCCCGUGCCGUAGCCUCGCUGUCAGUGCGCGUCCUGGGCCAGCCAGACCGCCAGGGGCUGCCCCCCGCCGUACCCCGAGCCCAGGAGAAGGAGGGCACCGCGCCGAGCGAGCCCGGAUCAGCUCAUCCCGUGCUCCACCUCAGCCGAUCUGCCGGGGUCUCAGCAGGAAGUCAGGUCCACGAGGACAGUGAUGACGAUGACGACGAGAGCGAGGAUGACGAGGAUUGGGGGCCCGGUCCUGGCGGGGCACGAAGAGGCAAUCGAGUACCUCCUCAGCCGCAGCAGAUGCCUCCAAGUCUCCCAUCAACAGCUGCGAGGUCCAAACGCAAGCUUCAGCCUCCGCAGCACAUCCCACCUCCACAGGUACACCACACACCAAUGCAACUGCGCCACCCCACUCCUCCUCCCUCUCCACCUCCUGACUUGUUUGCCCUACCUGACACUCCCAAACAGAGCCCACCAGAUACAGACGACCAGGAGGGAGAAGGCCCCGAGGCUUCGUGCGGUCCGAGGGUGCCGCCCUUCCCACCUUCCACCAUGCAGAGGGAAGACUCUGACUCAAGCUCUCGUUCCAGCAGUCCUGAGCCCCCUAUAAAGCGCAGGCCAGGGCCCCUUUCUCUGCUGGUACACAAGAUGGAGUCAGAGGGGGCUUUCCGUGCGGCAGAGGCCACCUCUGCUGUGGACAUGUCUGGAGAGGCCGCACACUCCACCGCUGGGCUUGCCAGUUCCAGUGAAUCUCCACUGAAAAGGUUGGAGAGAAAGAGGCUCCAAGAGAACAGAGACGUGGAGGAAGAAAGGCGACUGAAGGAGGAGAAAGAGAGGGAACAACACCAGAAGCAAGAGAGAGAAAGAAAGAAGAUCCAAGAACAGGAGAGAGAGAAGAAACGCUUGGAAGAAGAGAAGGAGAAGGAGAGGAAACGGCUGGAAGAGGAGGAGGAGAAACAUCAUCAGAAAGAGGAGCGAGAAAAAGAGAGGAAAUGCCAGCAGGAGGAAAAAGAGAGACAACUCCAGCAGGAGGAAAAAGAGAGAAAACACCAGCAGGAGGAAAAAGAGAGAAAACACCAGCAGGAGGAAAAAGAGAGAAAACACCAGCAGGAGGAAAAAGAGAGAAAACACCAGGAUGAGGAGAAGAGACGGGAGGAGAAACUGCUAAAGGAGAAGGACAAGAGACAGGAGACAGCCAACAAAGGAUGGGUGGCUGUGACUGAGGCCCAAGACUCCGGUUCCUCAUCAGAUUCUGACUCCAAAUCAGACUCCUCUUCACAAUCCUCCUCUUCCUCCUCCGGGGAUAAAAUCCUCCCUGUCAGGAAGCUCAAGAAGCCAGAGCACGACGCAGAGGAUGAGAAAAACACGAACCUGAAAGGAGCAGAGAAACGACACCUUUCAAAGAGGGAGGUGUCGGAGCCCAGUGCAGCGGCAGUGACGGAGGCGGAACCGGACUCGGAGAGCUCCAGUGCCCAGCAGCCGCCCUCCGGGGCCGAGCCAGAGAACAGCGAGGGUCGCCUGGAGGAGAGCACCACUCCGAAGGCCUUCGCUGCUCGCAAGAUAUCCCUGACCAGCAGCAAGACGUCUCCAGCCGCCACAGAUGGAGGAGCCGGUGAGCCCGACACGGGAACCGCAGCCGGGAGGAAGAGGAGGUGGGGCUCCAGCACAGCAGUCACCACUAAGAAACCAUCCAUCAGCAUCACCACUGACUCACUGAAGUCUUUGAUCCCAGACAUCAAAGUGAAACAGGAGGCCGUGGUGGAGCUGCACCCAGAGGAGCUGCAAAUGUCCGGGGACGAGGAGAGCCCAGACACCAGCCGGGGCGACCAGGACAAAGGCCUCAAGAUCAGACGCACGGUCACACAGGUCGUUCCAGGUGACAGCCAGGAAAACGGACAGACGAAUGAGGAGGAAGAGGUGGACCAAACGGAGAAAGAGAAGCAACGCAGGACCUCCAGAGACAAAAGGAAGGAGAGUGUUUCUGAGGAAGCUUUGGAAACACAGAUAUCUGUGAAGCUGGAGGUGGAGGCAAAGAAAGUUACCCCCAGCGACAGUCUGGUGCGUCGCUCCAUAAGUCAACAGAAGUCCGGCGUGUCCGUCACCAUCGAUGACCCCGUCCGUGCAGCCCGGCAGCCCUCGCCGCCUCACGGCAAAGUCUCAAAUAUCAUCCACGUGACCAACCUGGUGCGACCCUUCACCCUGGGCCAGCUCAAAGAGCUGCUGAACAGGACGGGCAGCGUGGUGGAGGAGGGCUUCUGGAUCGACAAGAUCAAGUCUCACUGCUAUGUCACAUACGCUACAACAGAGGAGGCGGUCGCCACCAGAGCUGCCCUCCACGGGGUCAAAUGGCCUCCGAGCAAUCCCAAAGUCCUCAGUGUCGACUUCUGUGAGCAGGAUGAGCUGGACAUUCAAAAAGGCAUCCUGAAGCCAGUAAAGGUGGAGGAACACGUUCCCCCGCCAAGCGGUCCUCAGCCCCGGCUGCCCCCUCUGAUGCCCGAGCGAGACAGAGACCGGGAGCACGACCGGGAGAGAGACCGGGGAGGCGUGACAGGCGUGCGGGACCUGUGGGCGGAGCGACAGAGAGAGAUGGAGCGCCGGGAACGAGCCCGCGGCGAGCGGGAAUGGGACCGGGAUAAGGUCCGGGAAUUCGCCAGACCGGGAGAGGAGGAGCAGCAACGAUCCCGAUCCAGAGACAGAGAGCGGAGGAGGAGAGACCGGGCCAAGAGCAAGGAGAGGAAGACCGAUAAGAAGGCAGAGAAAGGAGACGAGCCUCCUGCAAAGUUGCUCGACGACUUGUUCCUGAAGACCAAAGCAGCUCCAUGUAUAUACUGGCUCCCCCUCUCUGAGGAGCAGGCGGUGCAGCGGCUUUUGGACCGCACGGAGCGGCAAAAGGAGCGCGAGCGAAGGCGCAAGGAGCAGCAAGAGGAGGAGGAGAAGAAGCGGGAGGAGGAGAGGAAAGAGAGGCUGAAGGGCCGCGAGAAAGAGGGCCGCGAGAAGGACGGCCGCGAGAAGGACGGCAGUGUGACGGCGAGCGUCGGGGCAGCCAGCCGAGGAGCCGACCGGGACCGAGAGAGGGACCGCGGCCGAGAGAGGGAGGGGGACAAGAAGAGGGACGACGGACAACGGCCCAGACGACCCUCGGUGGGCGCCGGGAGCGGACGUCGCUCUCGUAGCCGAAGCAACCCCAGGGAUAGACGCCGCUGAGGUCCCGAGUGAGGAAGGAGGAAGGGAGGGAGGAAGGUGGGAGGACGUAGCAUUGGGAGGGAGUGUUUUCACUCGGAGAUGCAUUUCUCUUGCCUCGAGUUCAGGACUACCUGCCGCACCGUGCAUAAUUUGUCCACUCUUUGACGCCGGCGUUGUCUUCCACACACCCCUCCCAGCUCGUCUGCGUCAGUUUACACAGAAAAUGUUGAGUACACAUUCUGUUCAUAGUACCAGGACCGUCUAUCUAUCUCCUGUCCUCCACUCUUCUGUUCUCUCUCCGUCUUCCGGAAGCAUAUGUCAGUCCUUUCCCUCUGCAGAGAGCGGCGGUCCUCCUCGUCUCUCUAGUGCCGGUAAAGAAAAGAAGCGAGAGAAGCCGGUGGUUCUUCUGGCUCGCCUCAGCAUUUUGUCCCACUGAGGUUUGGGAGCCCGCCUCUUUAUUUUAGUUCUGUGGGUGCACAGUUCCUUCCUCCUCGGAGCCCUGUAAUAAAACAAGUCCAAAAUAGAUCCCUAGCCUUCAGAUAUUUUCUAGGAUCAGUUUUAGCGUUCUCUUCGGCACUGAGUUAUUUUUUGUUCCGUACGACUAGAUUUGACUUCGUCAAAGAGAUGAUUUUGUUUCGUUGAAGUUUUAUGAAUCAUGUUUUUUUCAGCCUUGGAGGUUUGUUGUGUGUUACAGCAGGUGAUGUUUGUGUGAGUAAUAACCUUCAUCUCUCUCUCUCUCUCCCACAAAGAUGCAACUGGUAGUCUCAACACUGUAACCUAGAAGUGUGUGUGAUAGGAAGAGACGUGAUGUGGUGACACAUGCCCGAGUUUGUCUUUCGUGGAUGUUUUUGGAGUCGAGGAUAUAAAGAUUCUUGUAAAAGUGGUUUAUUCUGUAAUAAUUACAGGAAGCUGACCUUCCUGGCACUGAAGUCUCGGUUUGAAAAUCCCUCCUCUGACCUCUCAAUCAUAUAUAUAUUUAAGAGGUACAAAUACGUUAACCUUCUAAUAGAGUAAUGGUUACAAUUUUAAUAUUUUCAAUUUUAUGCUUUUAGUUGGAAACAGAUUGCUUUUUUUUCCCCCCUUUCCUGCAAGUGCUGAAUGUACUGAGAAUUUAAAAAAAAAAUGAAUAAAUUUAAAUUGGUUAUCAGCUUC